GCGGCGGCGGCGGCUCGGGGCGCGAGGCGGCGGCGGCGGCCACGCUCCGGCCGGGUCCCCGCUGCUCCAGGCGGCGCCAUGGACGAGGCCGUGGGCGACCUGAAGCAGGCGCUGCCGUGCGUGGCCGAGGCGCCGACCGUCCACGUGGAGGUGCACCAGCGGAGCGGCAGCACUGCCAAAAAAGAAGAUAUAAAGCUGAGCGUUAGAAAGCUGCUCAACAGACAUAACAUUGUGUUUGGUGACUACACGUGGACCGAGUUUGAUGAUCCUUUUCUGAGCAGAAACGUGCAGUCUGUGUCUAUUGUUGACACAGAGUUGAAGGUUAAAGACCCACAGCCCAUCGACUUGGGUGCCUGCACGAUUUCACUUCACGUCUUCCAGCUGAAUGAGGGCGGCCCCAGCAGUGAGACUCUGGAGGAGGAGACCGAGAACAUAACUGCGGCGAGUCACUGGGUCCUGCCCGCAGCUGAAUUCCAUGGGCUUUGGGACAGCCUGGUAUAUGAUGUGGAAGUCAAAUCUCAUCUCCUCGAUUACGUGAUGACAACCUUGCUCUUCUCAGACAAGAACGUCGACAGCAAUCUCAUCGCCUGGAACCGGGUGGUGCUGCUUCACGGUCCUCCAGGAACUGGAAAAACAUCCCUGUGUAAGGCACUAGCCCAGAAAUUGACCAUCAGACUUUCGAGCAGGUACCGGUACGGCCAAUUAAUUGAAAUAAACAGCCACAGCCUCUUCUCUAAGUGGUUUUCGGAAAGUGGCAAGCUGGUAACGAAGAUGUUCCAGAAGAUUCAGGACUUGAUCGAUGACAGAGAUGCGCUGGUGUUCGUGCUGAUUGAUGAGGUGGAGAGCCUCACGGCCGCCCGCAACGCUUGCAGAGCAGGUACCGAGCCGUCAGAUGCCAUCCGUGUGGUCAACGCUGUCUUAACCCAGAUCGAUCAGAUUAAGAGGCACUGCAACGUGGUGAUUCUGACCACUUCCAACAUCACGGAGAGGAUCGACGUGGCCUUCGUGGACAGGGCUGACAUCAGGCAGUACAUCGGACCGCCCUCUGCAGCAGCCAUCUUCAAAAUCUACCUCUCCUGUCUGGAAGAACUGAUGAAGUGCAAAGUGAUGAUUGUGAUCAUGUGAUCGAUCGAUCUGCCGGGAGGGGCGUGGAAACCUGCCGGACGCGUCCUAGUUCAUAGGGAGACCUGACUGGAGGCCACAGGUCACAGGGAUGUCAUCUGACUGGAGGUCACAGUUCACAGAGGGGUCAUCUGACUGGGUUGCCGUUCACAGUGUAUCAUUAGCUACGGCAUUAAUGUCCCUUCAGUCCCGUGUUCUGGCGAGCAGUGAGCACAACAGCAGUGGGCGAGGUAGCGCGCUCCCAGUGGCCUGGCGUAAACCACUCUAGGCAGAACCUGGGUGCUAGGAGUCCAGGGCAGUGGGCACAGCAGGCCCGAGGCAGGCAGUCCCUUCCCCCAGGGGAGCGUUCCUGAACCCUGAUUCUGGGAGAUAGGCAGUAACCAAGCCAACCGACGGACGGGGAUUUACGUGGUGAUCGUUGGCAUGACGUUGUCGUAAGAGGAUGGCGGGGGUGGGAUCGACCCCCAGCCCGGCGCCACAGAGCUUCGGCGGGGAUCACACAGCCCCUGACAGGGAUGGGAGGGCUGGUCUGGCGUGUGCACCCCGUCCCACUUUGCUGCGGCACGGAGGAAGUGGCGGCCCCAGGGAGCCUUGACCUGAGGUCCCAGGUGAGCUCCGGAAAGUGUCGGUGCCGAGAAGUCAGCGUGAUGGGAUCCCGACGGUGGUCACGCUCCUACUUGUGCUGCGCAUCCGGGAGAUGUUUCGCCAGUUAACGUACGAACUUUUUCUAGAAGCUGAGUGUGUGGGACAGGGGUUCUCAACCGGUUUGCAGGAAGUUAAGCCAUUCCGAUGACGGAGUGGAAAUUUGGCCAGUCCUGAAGGCUGUCGGCCUGUGCCUGGCCCACUCGUCAGGAACCCGCGGUUGUCGCGUGCACCCGGAGGGGCAGCGGGGGGCAGUCCCGGGGAGGCUGCAGGGACCCAGGGAGGCUCAGGAAGGUGAGAACACUCCUGGCGUAAACCCUGUUGCUUAAAUUUACUCACAGCCUUCACCAGACCUCCAAAACAUGCGGACAAAGCUGUUUGUUCCCCGUUCUCUCCCGGUCCCUAAGUCAGAGCGGUUCACGUUAGAAGUCGUUCGGUGCUGGUCCCUGGGCGCCCUGUCAGGUGCCGCUUCUUGGCAGAGUGCCUCCCGUGUACAGCCACGUGGCUCACAAGGGAAUGAAGUCCAGAUCCAGGGUCAGGCUGUGCCACCUGCCACGCAACGGUCUUGUCUUAAAAACAACAAA